AGGGGGUGAUAGGUUAGGGCAGCAGCGGACAGUGGGCAACAACCCAUCACCUGUGUCGAUGGGUUAGGGAAGCAGCAGACCCCGGUACAGCCAGUCAAAGUGGCCCAUUAUCUGAAUUACCUGCCAGUGGGCCCUGUCAGUUCCAUGAGGGUUGGUAUCUCAAGGCCGCCACCCUUUUAAGAAAGAGGCCCAUCAUCAAGCCGUUCAGAGUGUCUGAUGGAACGAACAAAGCCUCAGUGAAGAGAACCUGAUGAGGCCAGUCUUCUGAGACCAAGAAGGUUAAUAACCAGCCAUCCAUCUCCUACUUGUCUGCAUCGAGGAGGCGAGGAGCUUGGGAGAGAGAGGGUGUAGUGUCGUAGUGGCAGAGUAUCGACCAUGCCGCACAAUAAGCGGCCAUUUUUUACUGCUGUCUCGUUGUUGUCACUCAACGCUGUUCUCUGUUGCUCUGUCGGACCCGUCUACGACUUCAUAUGCAACCUCUCUUAUUGGGAACAUCGGAGGGAGCAGAGAAGAAUGGAGAGAAUGAAGGCCUUGUCAAUGAGGUCAGUGCCGUCUUUACAGAGCAGCAAUGAUUAGUGGAUGUGGCCCCUUUGGCAGCAGCACAUGGUGAUCACCUCUCUGGUAGCAUCCAAUCAGGGCACAGGUAUACCUUUUUUUCCCCACUUAGUUCCGUCUAAGAUUGUUUUUUUUUUUUUUUCCCUUUUUCUUUUCUUAACACUCGCUCACACAGCCCCAGUCUACUUACUCUUGGGGCACUCCAGUCCGGCUAGUUCUUACGGGCAAGCAAGUUCAAGACAAAGGGCCCUGUGAAAGGCCUUCCACGAUUCAGACCCCAACUUGGACCUCAGGGUCAGAUGCCCAGGUCGAGGAAAGGCCGAGUUCGUCAAACUCAGAAAAGUCACAAUCGGGUACCUCAGCAGCCCAGUCCAACAGGCACUCAGCAAACAGUCACGUCUCAGGGACAAGAGUCACGUCCCAUAAUAAAAAGUCAUUCAGAAGAGUCACAUCCCACGAGUGAAAAGGCAGAUUCACCAAGCAAGAGUCAUGUCUCAUCAAAGGUAGGAGUCACGGUUCCUAAUGAAAAGUCAUAUUGAAG